UUUCACGUCCCAUCUCUCUCUCUAUCUCUCUCUCUCCCCCUCUCUCUCUCUCUCUAUCUCCCUCCCUCCCUCCCUCUCUCUCUGUUUCACACAGUGUAUGUGCUUUUCUGUUCUACGUCUUCAGUUCUAUACACCUAUACAUACACAAGUCUAUGCGAAUACAUCGCGCAGAGAUGUUCGAUCUCAAUGUCAACGAGGCAACUCACGAGCUCUCAACCGACUCGAAUUGCGAUGAAGUGGAGGAUCAUCGUCAUCAUCACUUGUUCUUAUCGAGCACGCCGCGCCGGCAGGACUCCGGCACUUCAAUCUCCUCGGUGUUCAACGUCGCCGAAGAAGCUCCGGGAGAGAACAUCGGCGAGAACACCGGAGAGUCGUGCUGUAACUUCGAGAGACGCGAAUUGAAGUCCGUGAGAUCGGUGGAGUUGAUCACGAGGCAGCUGUUUCCGGAGAAAGGAGAUGAGAUGGAGAAGAUGAGUGAUGAGAUUGAGUCGCGGUGGUUGAAUUUGUCGGUUAGCGGUGGAGAGAGUAGAAUGAUGAGAGUUUUUGAGGAUCGGAAGGCGGCGGUGACGGAGGAGGUUCCGGUGGCGAGGAUGAAGAAGAGUCGGAGAGGACCGCGGUCGAGGAGCUCCCAGUAUCGUGGCGUGACGUUUUAUCGAAGGACUGGUCGCUGGGAGUCACAUAUCUGGGAUUGCGGAAAGCAAGUUUAUUUAGGUGGAUUUGACACUGCUCAUGCUGCAGCUAGGGCUUAUGAUCGGGCUGCUGUUAAGUUCCGGGGGCCUGAUGCUGAUAUUAAUUUUAGUGCUACUGACUAUGAUGAUGAUCUUAAACAGACAAAGGACAUGACGAAAGAAGAGUUUGUCCAGAUACUUCGUCGCCAGAGCAAUGGAUUGUCUAGGGGUAGCUCAAAAUACAGAGGAGUAACUUUGCAUAAAAAUGGUCGAUGGGGAACUCAAAUGGAUCAGUUUCUUGGGAAACAGGCUUGUAAUCAAGCAGCUGUUGAAUGUAAUGCAACUGCAGCAGCGACAAAUUCAAAGCCCAGCACUUAUGGUGGUAAUUUUUGUGUGGCAAACAAUAAUCAGGACUCUGCAGAUGCACACCAUAAUCUGGACCUUGGCCUCUGGAUUUCUCCUCCCUCCAAUAAUCAAAGAGGAAAUGACGGUGUUAGGAAUAUUUGCCUCCAUGAUCCAUCAUAUCACUUGUCUGGUGCAAAAAGAUCCAAGGUUGAGACCCUUGCUCCUGCUCCUUCUGGUAGAGAAACUCCCCACUAUAUUCCCUCCUGGCCUGUUAAUCAUUCUGGUUUGGCACCAGGCCAUGAGUUGACAGCAAUGAAGAAUAUGGAAGCCCAAGUUGUUCCUUCACAUGGAAUCUCUAACUGGGAAUGGCAAAGAAACAACCUUGGUGUGGUCAACCCCUUGCCGUUGUUAUCUACAGCAGCAUCAUCAGGAUUCUCUUCCACUACAUGGAAAUUUCAGCCACCCUCUUAUCGCUGAACUAUGCUCUCAACACCUUACAGUGCAAUUUUCUAUUACUAUUGUCACAAAAACUGAAACCAUACGAUUUCUUUGGUACAGGCCAUAGUGUCUUUACUUCUCUUCUGUGAUCAACAGCUAGCUGUUGAAACAACCAAGAUCUGUGAGGUUUGGAUUUAUUAUCCAUUUCGUGUAUAUACCAUACAUGCAAUAGAUAAUUUGAACAAACAUAUUGGACAUCUCUACUUUUAACUUCUCAUUAAGCACCCUUGUGAAUGAA